CCUCCAAAAACCAGUCCAUACGGUAGUUGCUUUGUUGUUGAGUGUUGAACUGUUUCUACAGAUAUAUACCAUGGCGGAGGAGCACAACAAGGCCAUGGAGAGCGGUGAGGAGGUGGCGGUCCAAGACCGGGAGUUGUUUGACUUCAUGGAGAAGAAGAAGGAUGAGGAGAGGAAGGAGUGCCAUGAGGAGGAGGAGGUUCUGGUGACCGGGGUGGAGAAGGUUCAGAUCGAGGAGGGAGAGAAGGCGAACGAGGAGGAGAAGAUGGGUCUUCUGGAGAAACUCCACCGGUCUCACAGCUCCAGCUCUAGCUCGUCGAGCGAUGAUGAAGAAGAAGCUGAAGGAGAGAACAAGGAGAAGAAGAAGAAGAAGAAAGGUCUGAAGGAAAAGAUCAAGGAGAAGCUUGUAUGCGAGGAAGAAGCCAAGAAACCCGAGGUCGAUGAGGGCACCGCGGUGGUGGUGGAGAAGAUGCAGGAGGAUACUGUGAAGGUGGAAGCUACCCCGCCAGAGCAGGAGAAGGGGCUCCUGGAGAAGAUCAAGGAGAAGCUGCCCGGCCACAAGAAGCCCGCCGACGAGGCUCCGGCACCGCCGUCCCCAUGCGCCGGCCAUGGCGAGGAGCACGAGCGGGAUGAGGGGAAGGAGAAGAAGGGCAUACUGGGAAGGAUCAUGGAGAAGCUGCCUGGCUACCACAAGACCGAGGAGAAAGAGGGGGAGAAGAAGAGUCCUUCUAAGUAAGACGAGCCAAAGGUGUCCCGAGCUUGACGGUGUCGUCUCUGUCCUGCGUCUGGUGUUUUUGGUUCGUGUCAUGCUUGAUUUGUGCUGCCAGUUUCGUUGUUUUAACGACAAUGAGUGAUGUUUUCAAAAGAGAAUAAUGAUUGAUUGGUUUUUUCUUUCAAAA